UGACUCUGUCCAUCAUAAAGUCACUAGUGAAAAAGCAACAUCAAAGAGGCUCCUGCUCCUGCUCCUGCUCCUCCUUUCUGUAUUCUACUACUCUCCAUCAACAAAAAGCAAAAAUGAUGAUUUAAUUCCAAAAAGCAACCUUCAAAAACAAACAUGGGCUCUGUUUCUCUCAUCUCCCUAACUCUGUUUUUCUUCUUCUUCUCAUCAGCUCUUUCUCAAGAUAUAACAAAUUUAGUCUACAAAGGGUGUGCAAAUCAAACCUCUAAUGACCCAUCUUUCAAACAAACCAUCACCUACGUUUUCAACACUUUAUCUUCACAAUCAUCCAAAACCAAAUUCUCAAAAACAUCUUCAGGGUCAGGUUCAGGUACAGCUUCCAUUUCUGGGCUGUUUCAAUGUAGAGGAGAUCUAAACGGCAAUGAUUGUAACAAAUGUGUGAAUAAAAUCCCAGAUAUGUUGAAUAGAUUAUGUGGUAAUACAGUAGCAGGAAGGAUACAACUAAAUGGUUGUUAUGGUUUAUAUGAAGCUGCUGGUUUUCCUCAAGUUUCAGGUGUGAAAUUGCUUUUUAAAACUUGUGGUAGUGUACAAGUAGCUGGGAGUGGAUUUGAUGAUCGGAGAAACACAGCUUUUGGGCAAGUUCAGAAUGGGAUUGUGAAUGGAAAUGGGUUUUAUGCAACUAGUUUUGAAUCUAUGUAUGUGAUGGGUCAGUGUGAAGGUAGUUUGAGCUCAGGGGAUUGUGUUACUUGUAUAAAAUCAGCUGUUCAGAAUGCUCAAAUCCAAUGUGGGGGUGCAAUUUCUGGUCAGAUUUAUCUUCAUAAGUGUUAUAUUAGCUAUAGUUAUUACCCAAAUGGUGUUCCUACUAAAUCUUCUCAUUCUUCAGGACCACAAAACAGCAGCAACCUAGGGAAAACAAUAGCUAUUGUGGUUGGAGGAACCGCAGCUGGAGGAUUCUUGUUUGUUUUUCUCUUGUUUCUAAAAUCUCUGUGUAAGAAGAAAAAAGAUGAUUACUGAGUUGUAGUUGUUGGAGGAAUUAAGAGAGGAAAAUUUUGAAGAGGGCAGGGCAAUUGAAUGAUGUUCUUAUUUUAGUAGUAUUUUUUAUUCUGGAAUGAAGAAGGGAAAAAGCAUUGGAAGGUGUGAAAAGGAUGAUAAAGAAGAUUUGAUGGUUUUUGUUUGGGGUGAGUAAUGUGAAUGAAUGUGAUGGUGGGAGGGAGGGAUGGUCAAAAACACACUCAUGUUGUGUAAUGUAUAUGAAUACUGAAUAGGAGUAUUUAGGCAUGUUGCUUUUCCUUUGUUUUAGUUACUAGUGUUGUUGUUACUCUCUUUUCUGUUUCUCCACUCAAUUUUUCUUUAAAAGUCCUAGUUGCGAAUUGCAAUCAAAAUUGGUUAGCUUCUA